GUCGAGGAGCAGCUGUCCUCUUCUGCCGAUGACCGCGGUCGACCACUAGGCUCCUUCGUCGUGCGUGUUUGUGCGUGCACAGGAGACACGUUUCGUCUCGGCGCGACGGCACUCGUGGCCCUUCGCUCAGAGAUCCAAAACCACGGCGCCAAUUUGCCGGCCAUUGCUCCUCGCAACUCCGGUGUUUGCCUCGUACUGAUCACGCGAGGUAUGGUCGACGGUGCGCUGCUGUUGCCCAUCUCCAGGUUCUGCUCGCGGGCCGCCAAGCCGUGGCUGCUGGACGCGCAGAUCUUCCGCCAAAGCCUUGCGCCGUAGCCCCCGACGCCGCUCGCUAGCUGGCUGCUGCGCUGGCGUCCGAGACAACAGCCACCGCGGCAGCUGGUGGCCGGCAUAGAGUGCAGGCGUUGUGAAAGCGGGCGGAACACUGCCACGCUUGCCUCGGAAGCGCCCCCCGCAUCUAUUGGCUCUACCGCGUCGCCGAAGGAAAGAAUAGACGCACACUGAGGCUUUCCCCGCAAUCGCCUUUUUUUUUUCGUUCUACUCGGUAGCCGUUACCAGCAGCACUUAAACGACCCUUCGUCUGUCACAAGACACAAACCCCCGAGUUAAAGGCCUGAAUCUGCUUCACUUAAGAGUGUUUGCCGCUGCUUGUCCCAUUGGGCGAAGACGUGCUUUCGGAAGGACUCCCGCUGCGCAAGGUUGACAUUCAAGUGCCGUCACCAGGCCGACGGAGCUCACGCGGAGUCUACAGAACGGCAGCGCGGGAAGCGGCUGUGCUUCAUUGGCGCCGUGGGUGCGGUACAACGACGGCACCCGGUGAGGAGCCAUGCCUCCGGAGAAGGUCGAGUACGGCGCCACGAGCAAGGCAGCGGACCUGCGCGCUGCGGCCGUGGUGCACUGCCAUGCUUCCAAGCACCGAGACGGCGGCGCGCUCACCGUGGUGCCCCUGGGCAGGAUUCCGUCCCUGGAGAAGUGUCCGGCGAUCGUGCUGCAGCCGGCUGGCGACGGCUCCGAGGCGUUCGACGAGACCACGUCGCUGUUGACGGUGGUCGGGCGGGAGUCGCGGUGCGCUUUCCUGGCGCAGGUGUUCCCUGCCUUCAUGCUCGCUGGUCUCGGUAUGGUGGCUGCGGGGCUGCUGCUCAACAACGUGCAGACGUGGCCGGUGUUCGUGGAGGCCUCCGAGCUGUUCAUCCUGGUGCCCGCUCUUUUGGGACUCAAAGGGAAUCUCGAGAUGACGCUGGCGUCAAGGUUGGCCACACAGGCCAACCUGGGCAAGGCCGAUUCACUGAGGGACAUUGUUGGACUGGCCGUCGGCAACAUGACCCUCCUGCAGUGCCAGUCCGUUGUGGUGGGGACCCUUGCGUCCAUGUAUGCCGUACUGACCUCACUGGCUCUUUCGAACACGGUAACACUACGCGUCGUCUUGCUUGUGUUCGCCAGCAGCGUGGUCACCGCCUCCGUUGCCAGCCUCGUCCUAGGCGGCGUGAUGAUCUCGGUGGUGCUGGUGUCCCGUCCGUGCCACGUCAACCCGGACAACGUGGCCAUCCCGAUAGCAGCUGCACUCGGAGACCUGACUACGCUGGGGCUGCUGGCGCUCAUCAGCGACAGUCUCUUCCGCCUGCAAGAAUCUCAGUGGGUGUCCCUGGGUGUGGUGUGUGUCGUAUUUGUGCUGCUGCCGGUGUGGACGUACGCCACCUACAAGAACGACCACACACGCGGCGUGCUGUCCUACGGCUGGCCGCCCAUCAUCAGCGCCAUGCUCAUCUCCAGUGUGGCCGGGAACAUUCUGGAUGUCGCCGUCAAGAGGUACCACGCCAUGGCGGCUUUCCAGCCCCUCAUGAACGGUGUCGGGGGCAACCUGGCCGCGGUGCAGGCGAGCCGGCUGUCCACGCUGCUGCACCAGGAACGGAGCAGCGUGUCGUCGUCGGUGCAGGCCUCGACGCCCAUCAGCGGUUGCUCGUUGAGCCUGGCUGCUAAGCACGCCGAAGCCAACGAGCGCGGAUCGUUGCUCCUGGUUCUGCUGGUGGUUCCCGGCCACGUCAUCUUCAUGACUCUGAUCUCACUUCUCAAGAACGGCUCCGUCAAGCUGAACGCUUUGUUCGUGCUGUUCUACAACGGCGCGGCUCUCUUGCAGGUGGGUGCGUUGCUGUUGGCGACGCGGCGCAUCGUGCGCUACCUGUGGCGGCGGGGCAUGGACCCGGACUCGACGGCCAUUCCGUACGUAACUGCCCUAGGGGACGUGCUCGGCACCGCACUCCUGGCGGCCGUGUUCGCGCUCAUGGAGCCGCUCGGCGUCGACACGCAGCUGCUAUGAAGACUGUCUCCAUGGUUGUGGCAAGAGAAUCAUGUGGAAGCAAACGCUGGGCUGCCGACCGCACCGAAUCUCUCGCCGCAGUUCCCCGCACGUGACAGAUGUUCAGUGUCAGCCUCUGCGCUGUCGGCGCGCGGUAUAUUAGCGACACUGGCGAACGGCUGCCGACAAGCUCGCAGACGCUGGAACGAGCCGUUGUUCAGAUUUUGAAUGAUUCGUCAAUAUACUCCCCCUCUGCUGCAGCCUUUCGAUGCAUGCGUCAAUGUGGACGCCAAUCACCCCCAAUCGCUGUUUCCGGCCAGUCCCCAAGCUCCUCAGCAUUUUUAAAGCAAAUUCAAUGGUACACAUGCAGUAUACAUUUCUAUCGCCUUCUAGCUUUGCGUGGUCCCACUUUUAAUGAGUGUUUGUGGCCGACAAACGUGACUGUUGGGACAGACGAACUAGCAAAUCCUGUGCUCUCGCUAUUUCUUUUUCCUAUGAAAUCAGAUGGGGCGUCUACUGGGUUCAGCUAUAUACGUUUUCAUCGCCGGUUCCACGUCCACCGAGAGCGCGUCGCGAUUGACGUAUGUUUUCUGAG